AUGAUGGUCAACAACUGGUUCGUGAUAGCUGGCGCUUGCAUCCUGGUGACGACGGAAUAUUCUGCGAUUUUCUUCAUCUGCUUUUUUGUGAUAGUCAACCUCAUUGUCCUCAACAUUCUGAUUGCGUUGAUCUUGGAGUCCUCCCAAGCCGUGCGUGAGGAGCUCCAUGAACCCAUCGAGUUAGACCUGACCCUGGAAGAUGCCCAGCAGCUGCCAGGCAUGCACCGGGUUUCAUGUUUGGAAGGCUUUGAUGCAGGUGAAACUAUAGAUGCUAGGUCUUGGGAGGUUUCGGGACAGGUUUUUCCGGCAAUCUGUAGGGUUUGGAGUUUGUGGAAGUUUCGUUGCUUUACGAGGGUUUGUGCUGCUUUCCAGGUUUUGUUGUCCUCUUAA